AUGGAAGUUCUACUUGAUAGGGGGGCUGUAUCAGCCAAUUCUGCCAUUUUUCACUGUUGUGGAUAUGGUUGGUUCCUGCAAGUGAGCCCAAUGCAUAAAAAAUCUGGUCACAAGACUCCACAUAUUGCUCUUUCGCUCUCGGUGUACCAAAACGACUUAAAGUCAGGUGAUAUCUUGACUGCUGUGUUCGAGUUGUCAAUGUGCAACCAUUCAAAAGGGACAUAUCAUGGAUGCAAAGAUAGCUACCACUUCGAUAUCAAGAACAAGCGAUCAGAGAAACAAUGCUUGAUUCCUCUUGAAGAACUACUGAAAUCAUCUGAUUUUCUGGUUGAUGAUAGCUGUGUCUUUGGUGUGAGGAUAUUAAAGGCACAUGUCUCUUCUCAGAAUAAGCCUAUUGUGAUUCCAAAGAAGCCUAUCACAGUUCAGAACAUCUUCCUCCAGAAAAAGGGGUUCAUCAAAGGAACCUACACCUGGACCAUGAACAACUUCCUUGACAUGAAGGUCCCAGUCUGUUCUCCUGCAUUUGAAGCUGAUCGUCAUAAAUGGUACAUCAACAUGUACCCACUUGGUGACCAAUACAGCACCAAUUCACUUUCCCUCUACUUACACCUGCAUGAUCUGAACAAGAUCCCUCUUGAGACUGGGAUGGUGAUUGAACUGACUCUCUCCAUCUUGGACCAGAAGCAUGAGGGGCACUACACAGUUACAGGUCGCUUCGUGUUUGGAGUUGCAGCAAAGAUUGGCUGGGGAUGGUCCAACUUCAUUCCACUCAAGACACUCAUGGAUCCAUUUAGCUGCUAUAUUGUGGGAUCAAACUGUAUGCUGAAGGCAGAUGUUACCAUCAUCGGGUCAUCCAAUGACGGUUAG